AUGUCGCUGAAGUCCCUCCACCAACGUCUGACGGUAAGUCGUGACCGAAACUACCCUGAAUUGAAGUCUCCUUCCUCUCCUCCAUUUUCCUCUCAGUUCAUCUCUGAACUCACCAUCCGCCGCUUCCAAACUAUCUCGGGUCGACUUUUCAAUGAGAUGGGGUUCCUUGCUGCUGAUAAUCCUCACGGUGGUGAUGCGUACAAAAUCCUCUCCGAUUUUGGUCUCCUUCCUACGGUCACUGAAGUUGAUUCCUUUGUUGGGAAUAUUGUCAAGGAAUUCUAUGCAAACCUUGCUGAAGCUGAGAUGGAAGGGGUCGACACGCUCAAGGUCUUCGUUCAUGGGUCCAUGUAUGAGUUCUCUCCAUCUAUCAUUAAUCGGAUGUAUCAACUGCCCAAUGAGUCGUACCCUCUGAAUGCGACUCCGAUCCAAGUCCAUGAAAGCCUUGAUGACAUUGUCACUCUCCCGACUAAUGGUCAGAUUCAUGCUUGGGAUCUUUGCAGCAAAAAGGAGAUGGGAGACACGGUGGCAAUGCUUCAAAAGAUCUGUUGCCAAAACUGGAUUCCAACCAUGAACCCGAGCUCGAUGUCCGCUGAACAGUUUACACUUUUGUUCAUGAUUCUCAAAGGCUGUAAGUUUAACUUUGGAAAGUUGGUCUUCGAUGAGAUAUGUGCUUGCAACUCUGUGAUUGCGAAUGCUUCAUCCAAUGUUCGCCUCAUCCUCCCGAACGUGAUUGAUCAGCUCCUGCGGUUUCAGCGCAUUGUUCCAGCUCUCUUUGUUGAUGUCACCUCGGCUGCACCCUCUAAGUUCAAGAUUGAACCAAAGGAGCUUCUGUCCUCUCAGACUCCACUCACACUGCUGUCGGACGUCCGCCACUUGCAUGACUUCACCAAACUCAUGAUGGAGCGUCUUGCAGGGAUAGAUUACCUUGAUAUUGUUUACUCUGAGGGUGAGGGUGACCCAGAAGAUGAGGAAGAUGGUGAUGAGACCGAGAGCGGCUGA